UGCACCCUUUUAUGGGAGUCUACCAAAGCCGUUCCCAAUAGAAAAAAUUAACCAAAGAGCAAAGCCAAGGACAACCCAAAAGGCCAGGAACAACAACAAAAACAAAAAAGUUUGCAUCUCCCUAGCAAGCUUGAGUAUGUGAAAUCUUCUCUUCAGGUUGGUGGAUUUCCUUCUGAUCAAAUAUGGAGCUCUAAUUUUUCCUUUCCUUUCUUUUCUUUUUGGAGUUGGAGCUCAAUUUUGAUUGUUGAUGGUUUGAAUGACUACUGUUCUCUAAUCGUCUAAGUGGAAGUGAAUUACUAUAUAUUAUAGAGGUUGUUGAAAAAUGGGCCAACAAUGUGAUUUCUGCGGAGAUCAAAGAUCCAUGGUGUAUUGUCAGUCUGACAAUGUGUGCUUGUGUUUCUCGUGUGACCGGAAUGUCCACUCUGCCAAUACCAUUUCGCGGCGCCACUCGCGGACUCUCAUCUGCAAAAGAUGCAAUUCUCAGCCUGCAAUUGUAAGGUGUGUUCAAGAAAAGAUCUGCUUCUGCCAAAACUGUUAUUGGAUUGAUGGGUACGAGGCAGGUCCCGCUUCAUCGGGGCACAAGAGGAGGCAGGAGGAGGCGAUCAGUUGCUAUUCUGGCUGCCCUACGGCGGCAGAGCUUUCAAACAUCUGGUCAUUUGAUUUGGAAUUUCCUUUGGGUUUGGAGGACGAUGAUACUGCACUGAGCUGUGAGCAGCAGGGAAGUGGUGGUUUAAUGGGCUCGACCAACGAAGAAAGUCGUGUUAACUGUUUGAUCAAUCCUCAGUUGAACGAGAGCACAAUGGAUCAAGAUUUGGAAGAAAAGAAGAUGGUUGAUAUGGAAAUUGAGGUAAAGAAUGGAUGGCAAUGGCAAGAAGAAACCUAGCCAAGUUCACUACUUAUGAUUUCUAAAAUAUAGAAAACAAUUCUAUGUUGUGGAAUAAAUCACACAUGCACACAAACAAUAGCGAGAAGAAACAAUCACAAAUAAGGAAAGAUGACACACAGAUUUAUGUGGUUCAGUAUCAGUUCUACUAUACUGAAAGAAAAAAGGAGUACGAUGGGGCUGCUGUGAAAACAACAAUAUAUAUGCUAGGAUUUACAUUAAUAAAUUACCGUAAUACCCUUAAUUGGAUCUGUGAUCGCAUGAUGAAGCUUACAGUACUAAUUAGGCUCCACAAACCCAACAAUCUGUACCUUUAAAACCCUCAAAUUCUCAUCAAUAUCAUAUGGUUUGAAGGGCAAUCCAUCAAUAAUAGCAUGUUAUUGCAAGCCUCAGACAUGCAGGGGAAUGGUUUUUCACAAAACAAGAGAUAUGUUAUAUAUUCUUAUAUAUAUAAUGUUUGUGUGUGCUGUCAAAUGGCCAUACUAAAUUGCUUACUAUUAGUAUAUUGUUCUCUCAGAGUGAUCUCUGGGUUUGUUUUUCCUUCUGUUUUCACUGUUUUUGUUUUUGUUUCUUGUUUUGUAUUGAAAAAAUGCACUCAGAACUAAUAAGUGGCAAAUAUCUAUAUUUUAUGGUAUUGUUGUUUCCCUUAGGUUUGACUACAUGAAGGUAUUCCAGAUAUUGGUGUUUUGUUUGUGUUUUUUCUUUUGUUGUACCGAAGAGAGAUUUUUAAGCACGGGUAAUAUGACCAAAUAUUUGUACCAAAUUUGCUUACCAUCUGAUGUGUUAUCACUGCAUUAGUGCAGUUGACCCUAUGCUCCAUGACAUGUAAAGUGUUAUGUUAGAUGGUAAGUAAAUUUGGCACAAAAAUUUCCCUUCAAUUUGUAGUAGUGUAGUGCUCAAGUUUACUGAGAGGAGACUUGACCACGUUUUUUAUUUUUAAAAUUUUCACGACGGGUUGGUAAUUUUGUCGCAGAAAGAUGAUUUUUGCAACAGUUUUAUGUUUGUUGGUAUAUUUAUUAGUGUUCCUAACAUUUUUUUUAGUGCUCACUUUCUAUACUGGAAUGAGAUAUUGAACACAUACAUAGUUGGCCUUAAAUAUUGUCUCUAAAUUACCCUUCCAUAUUUUUACAAUUCUUCAGGUGCCCAAUUUUUUUCACUGAUUCAAGUUGAGGAAGUCUGUUGUCUCUUCUGUUUGAAGGUCUUUUUUGGAACAAUGAAUUACUUACUUGCCCUCACAUCAUUUUGUGCUAUUGCAUUAGAUAAAAAUUAAAAUUUAGUUUCAGUAUGUUGUUUUGGUUAAGUUUGAAACAAAACCGAAAGGGAUGCAUCGAACUUGAUAAAUAACACAGUACAAGCACGACAUAAUUCCCACUCCUAAAUAAAAUGCAUGGAACUUGAUGCUUAC